AUGUCACCAAGAAAUCUUCAAAAUAUACCAUCUGCCACUUGGCAAUGGGCAGAUCCGUUAAAAAGUUUUCUCUUAAUUAUAAUAAUAGUUGUGUGGGGCCAUUGUCUUGAAAUAUGUAAAGAACAGUCGAAUUAUACACCAGAAUUUCAACAAUUAAUGGGUCUAGGAUCAUUUAUCGUGACUUUCGCGUUUAGCCUUUUGGUUGAAUCAAUAUUUACUCAUAUAUUUGCCUAUGUGCAAGGCAUUUUUUUACUUAGUAGACGAGGCAUUCCAUUCCAAUCCAUUAUUAUUGGAGGGAAUCCAUUACAAGUUUCAGUGACAUGUUUUACCAUGAUAAAACAAAAACAAAUUAGUAUCAUUCAAUUGCUAUCAUAUUUAGGUACUUUGGUAAUAUAUAUUCUAAGUUUUAGUAUUGGCGCAUAUGCCACAUCUACUUUGGGAACCCCUUAUAUCAUGGAUGUAACCCCUUUUAAAUGGAUACAAGUCCCAACAGUGCUAACACAAGAAUUAAAUAAUAGCAUGUAUAACGCAUUUGUCGAAGAUAAUUUCCUUGGUGCAUUUACCAAUAUUCAAAUGAAUCAUUUGUUUAGUUGGGUUGAAAGAACUAAAGAUGAUAUCAGCGAAAUAGCAUUUAUGCCAUUGACAAUCACUGAAUUAAUUAAAGGACUAGAACAAAAUCUGACGCUAAAUAUUCAAUCCAAUAAUCAAUACUUUAAUAGUGGUCUGGCCAAAUGGAAAUUAGAGAAGACGUAUAAUAACGUUGACAUGCAAUAUUUAGCAUCCCAAUGUAGUGCAAAUAUAAUUCCUUCUUGUGAAAUAGAUGGUCGAGAAAGUGUUUACGUAAUGGCUGGAAAAGAAAAUCAAACAAUUUCAUGGCGCUUGUGCAAUUUGCAUUAUAAUACUAUGAAUACUUCCAUGCAAAUUGACUGUAACAUAUCUAUCAAAGGAGGCAUUUUUCCUCUUAUAACAUUUGAAUAUCCUAGCGUUACUCAACAACCUCGUGAAGAAUAUCUGUCACAAGUUUUAAUAAAAAAAAAUGAGUUAAAAGAAUUAAAAGAAAUCAAGAAUAAUCUAUUUGCUAUAAUGGAGGAUGUUUUAUUACGUCCUCUCAACAAUAGUGAUCCAAUUACCAAAAAUGUUGCUAUACAGUUAGCUUCUGCUUGGAAUUGUGAACCUGAAAAUGUUACUUGUGCUCAAUCUAAAGGAACAACAGCAACUAUAAGAUACGUUGGUGCAUUAUUGGAUACUGCGUCCGUUAUGUAUUUAGCAGAAAUUUCAAAAAAUAUAACUGAAUUGUUAAAGAAUAAUUCAUCAACGACCGGUUUCUUUAGGUCUUCACAUAGAGUGUGUUUAGGCGGCACUAAUCCAAUGCAAUCAAUUGGAUUAAUGAUAGCAAUUCCACUGAUAAUAAUAAUUAUUGGAUUAUUACCAUUGUUAUACAAUAAUAAAUUAUGGUGGCUUGCAGCUGAUAUUGGAAACAAUUAUAUUGCUUUUAUAAGGAGUAUUAGUCCAUGUGGAGAAAAUUGGGACAACGAAUUACCUGAAUGUAUUGCACGCCGCGGUGAAACUAAAUUUAAGAAAACAGUCAGGCUUAAUGUUAAAGAUAACCACAUUGGGUUAUCUUCUAGUCUUAAUGAUAAUAAAACUUAA